AUGUGCAGAGUGUGUACACGAACUGUCAGACUUAUCGACUAUCAGCUAACAUUGCAAAGAAGUGUCGCAAUGUGUCAGCGCAAGCGCACGUCUCGCAACCUUGCAAUCAAUGCCGCGCGUCCGUUUAGUCUACUCUUCUUGCAGUCUUUGGCAGAACCUGUCACCAUAAACAUGUCCAGUAUACACGAUAAGUCCGCGAGAUCACGCAACUCCAAUUAUCAGCAAGACAUUCGAUACGUUUUUAAGUUGAACAACUGGAUUAUGGGGUCACUCGGUAUUUGGCCAAUUGCGAUACGAGGUAUUGGAAAACACAUGUCCAAGAUUGUAAUCGUGAUCUUUAAUUUCGCGUUGAGCUUCGCGAUAGUGCCUUGCGCUCUGCAUAUCAUUUAUGACCAAAAGGAUCUCGACGUAAGGCUGCGCCUAGGCGGUCUUGUAGCCUUCUGUCUCACAGCAAUGAUAAAAUACUGCAUCUUCGUGAUACGUCGUCCUACGAUAUAUCGUUGCAUCGAAUACGUGAAGAACGAUUGGUGGCAGGUGACAUACAAGUCCGAUCGCGAACUGAUGCUGAAGUAUGCUACCACCGGUCGCAAUCUGACGAUAAUCGGCGUGUGUUUCAUGUACACUGCUGGCAUCAUUUAUCACUUGAUUCUGCCGUUCUGUGUUGAGCACAAAAUCAACAAUCAAACCUUCAGACCGCUCGUGUAUCCGACCUAUAGUAAAUUUAGUCAAUCACAAAUUAGUCCUAUAUACGAAAUCGUGUAUGUGGCUCAUUGCAUGUGCGGAUAUACUAUAUACGCAGUGACAGUUGGUGCCUGCGGAUUGGCCGCUUUGUUCGUUACUCAUGCGUGUGGCCAAAUCCAAAUACUUAUGUCGCGACUAGAAGAUCUAUUGGCUGGUAAAAGAUUCAAACGAAGCCCGAACAACGUUCAUUAUCAAAUCGCUGCCAUCGUAAGAAAUCACGUAAAAAUAAUAAAGUUUGGGGCAAAAGUGGAAGAAAUUUUACAGGAAGUGUGUUUAGUAGAGUUCACUAGUUCUAUAUGCACGAUAUGUCUACUCGAAUACUAUUGUAUAGUGGAUUGGACAGCAGACGAUAAAGUUAGUUUUACUACUUUUUCUCUCCUCCUUGUGUCAUUCUGUUUCAAUAUUUAUAUAUUAUGUUACAUCGGUGAGCUUUUUAUGGAAAAGAGCACUCAGAUUGGAUCGAUAUGCUACAUGAUUGAUUGGUAUCAACUAUCGCCAAAAUCAGCUCGCGGCCUUAUAUUGAUAAUAGCGAUGUCCAGUCAUCCUAUAAAACUUACUGCUGGUAGAAUGAUAGACCUGUCAUUAAAAUCUUUUAGAAGUGUACUGCAAACUAGCCUGGCGUACUUGAGCUUGCUACGAACGUUAAUCAUGAUGUUAUCGCAAAAUAUCUAUUUAUUGUUUAAAUGUACGUACUGCACGAUUAUACACUUUCCUAUCAAUCACAUGCACGCGAUCUGUCAGACUGUGUUGACAAAGUGGAAGGAUGCCUGUAACAGGAGCGCAAGCGCAUGUCCGGCGACCUUGCAAUCAAUGCCGCGCAUUCACCUCGUACAGUCUUCAGCGGAACCUGUCAUUGCGAACAUGGAAAGCCCACAGGACGAGCAUGUGACAUCACCGAACGUCAGUUAUCAGCGGGACAUACGGUACAUCUUUAAGCCCGGUAACUGGAUUCUCGGCUCAAUCGGCAUCUGGCCUAUUGCGAUUCGCGGAAUCGGGCAAUAUGCAUCCAAGAUAGCGAUCGUGGUGUGUAAUUCUGCAUUAGCCUUUGCGAUAGUGCCUUGUAUUCUGCAUAUGAUCUACGAUCAGAAGGAUCUCAACAUAAGACUAAAGCUCUUCGGGCUGCUAGGUUUCUGCACUACUGCAAUGAUGAAGUAUUGCGUUCUCGCGAUACGCCGACCCAAGAUAUUGCGCUGCAUCGAGCAUGUGAAGAGUGACUGGUGGCAGGCGAAAUUCAGCUCCGACCGCGAAUUGAUGCUGAAGUGUGCCACCACCGGUCGAAGACUAUCCAUGAUCAGCGCGACUUCCAUGUACGUUGCCGGCUUCAUUUAUCACACAAUUCUGCCGUUUUGCACCGAGCACAAGGUCGACAACCAAACCAUUAGACCACUCGUGUAUCCGACUUACAGUAAGUUUUUUAAGACGCAGGCGAGUCCGAUAUAUGAAAUGGUGUAUCUAGCCCACUGUGUGUGCGGAUAUACCAUGUACUCAGUGACAGCCGGAUCAUGCGGAUUGGCAGCGAUAUUUGCCACUCAUGUGUGUGGCCAGAUCGACGUGAUCAUAUCUCGACUCGAGGAUCUUUCAUGUGGCAAAAACUUCGAGCAAUUGUCGGACAUUAAUCAACGAAUCGCUCUCAUUGUGAAAAGUCAUGUUCGAAUAUUAAGAUUUUCCGCCGCCGUGGAAGGAAUUUUACAGGAAGUAUGUUUACUAGAAUUCGCCAGUUCUAUAUUUACAAUGUGUUUACCUGAAUAUUAUUGUAUAGUGAGCAGUCAAAUUGGAACGAGGUGCUUCAUGAUACGUUGGUACCAACUGCCGGCAAAGUCGGUUCGCAGUCUAAUCUUAGUAAUCGCUAUGUCCAGCCAUCCUAUAAAGAUCAGUGCUGGCAGAAUGAUAGAUUUAUCACUAGCGACAUUCGGAAAUGUACUCAAAACAAGUCUGGCGUACCUAAGUUUUCUUCGAACGUUAGUAGUAUGA